UUCUUUCCUGGCUGUAGUGUUGGUAUCUUCCAGCUGCUGCUUGUACUGCGGCUGAGGGUAUUGUCGCGAAAGGAUGGUGUGCGAAAAAUGUGAAAAGAAACUUGGUACUGUUAUCACUCCAGAUACAUGGAAAGAUGGUGCAAGGAAUACCACAGAAAGUGGUGGAAGAAAGCUGAACGAAAAUAAGGCUUUGACCUCAAAAAAAGCAAGAUUUGAUCCAUAUGGAAAGAAUAAAUUCUCCACUUGCAGAAUUUGUAAAAGUUCUGUACACCAACCGGGUUCUCAUUAUUGCCAGGGCUGUGCCUACAAAAAGGGCAUCUGCGCUAUGUGUGGAAAAAAGGUUUUGGAUACCAAAAACUACAAGCAAACGUCUGUUUAGGUGUAUUGAAGUUUCUGGUUUUCUGUACGAUUUUACUUUUUGCUUUGAAUUUUCAAGGCACAACUUAGAUGUUCAAGUUACAAAAUAACAUGUCUUAAGACAAUUAAACCAGGGAAGUAGACUGGUAUUCUUUCUUUUGCUGUUAAGAAGUUCAGCAGCAAUGUAACUAGUUUUCUGCCUUAAGCUUUUAUUUUCUUUACAAACAUCUUAUUUAACUGGAGUAAGUAGCAAAUCUAACAAAAGUAUUUUCCUAGUUCUGUAUGCACUUUUUAAUUUAUCAUUACUCAUAAUUUUUAUUCUUUUUCCCUCUACAUUAUAGAUACUGCAAAAGAAGGAAGUUAUUGAUAUAUGGCUUUGAAUUUGGCAUUCGGACUUGUAAUCCUUCCCUCAUUCCCUGUUGGUUGUGUAACUUUAGAAUCAGCCGUUCCUUAAUUAAUUGCAGCAUCAUAGGGCAUUUAAAUAUCUGAGCCCAUUGUUGUUUAAUAGUUCCUUAAAUAAAUUAUCCCAGACCCAAAUUAAAAAAA